AUGGGAAGGAAUAGGUCAAUACGAUCACGAUUGGGUAAACAACUUAACAACCCAAAAGCACCCAUACAUGAAGAGGAGAAAUCAACUAAAGUUGUUGAUAAGCCCCUAGGAGAAACCACACCUGAAGGGCCAAUAGAAGAAAUGGUUGAACCUAUAGCUAAACUGGUUGAAAUAUUCUUCCCCCAUCUUGUAACAGAAUUGUGCAAGCGAGCGAAGGCAACGGUAGGAUGUUCGGGACGUGUCUUGCAACCAACAACAAAUCCAAUAAAACAACCUAGUGUGGAGCACCAUGGAAAAGAUCGGAAGCGCAAGCGGGAUAAGCCGAGCAAGCAAAACCAAGAGGUGGGACCAAUUUAUGAAGAUCACGCCAAGAAAAAUGACUUACGGGUACCACAAUUUUCGGCUAUUAAAUACCAAGGCAAGGACAAGACUAGCAAAAAUGAGGAAGAAGAGGAUCCAGAAGAAGAGGUGGAAGACCCCGAAGAAGUAGAAGAAGACCUGGAAGAAAAGGAGAAAGGAAGUGAGGACGAGGAAGGAAGUGAAGAGGAGGAAGAAGCUACAGAAUGUGACUCUCAGGAGGAGAAGGACGACUAUGAGGCGACAUUCUAG